AUGAGAAAAAUUGCUUCAAUUCUAAUUCUUAUUUCUAUAGCUUUGUACACAGCAAAUGCCUCAAAGUGUUAAGAUGACAUUAUGGCUUAGUUAACUAAUGGAACAGUUUGUUAAAGUACUGAUGAUGCUUGCAAAACUGCAUUAGCCUAAUUCAUUUCAUGUGGAAAUAACUGUGGUUAAAAUAAUACUUCUGAUUCUGCUGUUGGAAAUUGUGUAAAGUCAAAUUGCAGCAAUAUAAGUAAUGAUACUGUUAAAGCUCUUUAUAACAAAAUGGUUGCCUGUUUUGAUAGUGUUCUUUUGUUCUCAGCCCUCUUUGUCUUAAUGGCAUUGUUAUUCUGA